UUUUAUUUUCCUAUUUCACAUAUACAAAUUAAAACUUAUGUAAAUUCGUUACCGCCUACUGCUCGCGAUUAAAAAUUAACAAAGGUUACCUACUGGGUGCCUUGGAAAUUUCAGUAUAUAAACGUUAUAUGAAUUUGACAAGUGACACUACAUCGGAACUAGCAUUCUAAAAACCACAGAGAAAUGAGAACAGAGAUAAUAACCAUUUUAUUUAUAUACUGCUUACUGGGAACUGGCUUCACUAGUCCAAGGCGCUCCAAUGGAACCAUUAUAGAUCUUGAUGAUUACUUCGCAACACAUGAUUUCGAUUCACAAGAGCGUGUAGUUGGCGGUGCCGCAGUACCCGAAGGCGAGUACAUUCCUUAUCAGGUAUCCAUGCAGUAUAGGACACGAAGUGGCAAAGAUAGACACUUUUGUGGCGGAUCCAUAAUUGCUGCCAAUCGCAUACUAACCGCAGCCCAUUGUGUCAAUGGUCAGGAUGCAAAGCGAAUCUCAGUUGUGGCAGGUAUACGUGAUCUUAAUGACAGCACUGGAAUUCGUUCACAGGUCUUGUCCUACGAAAUCCAUGAGAACUAUGAAGAAUUGGUUACCAGUGAUAUAGCCAUCUUAAAAAUCGAGCCAGCAUUUGUGUUGGAUGGCGCCAAAGUGAAACAAGUGGAUGUGAGUGGUAGUGACAAAAUCGAUGGUGGUCAGGCUGUAACCCUCUCUGGCUGGGGUGCUAUGUGGCAUGUGGGCCAAGGUCCAUUGGCGGUUUACCCGACAUUGCUGCAACGAAUGUCCUAUAAAACAAUCAGCAACGAACAAUGCAAAAAAGUUAUGACACAGUUAACCGAUACGGAGAUCUGCGCAUUGGAGCGCUUCGGCAAAGGAGCAUGUAAUGGUGAUUCAGGUGGUCCCCUGGUUAUGGAUAAUGGUGGAAGCUUGAAACAGGUUGGAGUCGUUUCCUAUGGCACUGCAUUAUGUGCCUCCAAUAGUCCCGAUGUUUACACACGCGUAUCCAUGUUCGACGACUGGAUCAAAGCGCGCUUAGCUUAAGAAAAAAUCACCCAUAUACCUAUGUAUGUACAAGUAUUGCGUAAUUUGCGAGAGCAGCGUUUGAUAUGACAUUGUAAUAAGAAUUUAAUUAAUGUAAACAACAAUUAUAAGGCUUAAAUUGGUCUCGUCUUUAAUUGCACAGUAAAAUGGUGGCAAAUUAAAAAAAAAAAAAUUUACAAACUCUUUCAUUUAUCACG